AUGACUGAGCCCUUCUGCCCCAAGCGCGCCGAGGAGUGCGCCAGCCCCGAGCUGCCCCCGUGCAGCGGCAGCGACUCCAAGCUGUCGGACGACGAGCAGCAGCCCAAGAAGAAGCACCGGCGCAACCGCACCACCUUCACCACCUACCAGCUGCACGAGCUGGAGCGCGCCUUCGAGAAGUCGCACUACCCCGACGUGUACAGCCGCGAGGAGCUGGCCAUGAAGGUCAACCUGCCCGAGGUGCGGGUGCAGGUGAGUCCCGCCGCCCCGUCCCCACCGCACCCAGGCUCCUUUUUUUCUUUGGAGCCUUCAUUAAAGCCGAAUGGUCUCUAA